AAACAUCUCACAUUGUGCUAUUUUUUUUAAUAAAUAAAGACCUCUCUCUUUAAAACUGAUUAUCCCCUAAACUAUUUGUUUGUGAGAAAGAAAGAGAAAAAAAAGUUUUUUUGGUUGGAAAUUAAUUGAGGGAGAGAGAGAGUUCAGAAUCUCUAAAUGGCUGAAACGAAUUGCCCAGAAUCCAGGAAACUCUGAUUUUAGUCCUUUUUUCCUCGGGAAAACGUUUGCUUUUUCUUUUUUGUGUGUGUUUGGUUCUUUAAUUGACAAAUCUCUCUCUAUCUGUUUCAUGUGCUAGCUAAGGUUGUCUUCACUUUCCUCUAAUGAGUCAUGAGUUUCUUGUCUUCAUCUUCAUCUAAUAAAGUUAACAACACUCUCAUCAAUUUUUAUUAUGUUCAAAUCUGUCUGACUUUUCGUUCUUUUCUCUUACACCCAAGCGUUUUAACAAUCUAACAUCUGUCUCUUUGAAUACUUAGAUAUCCAACUUCAAUUUCUCUCCUUUCUCUUCCCAACUUUGAUUCCUGAUUUGGGUUUUUGUUAAAGUUCAAGAAAGUUCUUUUUUCUUUUUUUUUCCUCCUUUAAUGGACGAAGUUUCUCCUGCAGUCGCUGUUCCAUUCAGACCAUUCACUGACCCUCACGCCGGACUUAGAGGCUAUUGCAACGGUGAAUCUAGGGUUACUUUACCGGAAAGUUCUUGUUCUGGCGACGGAGCUAUGAAAGAUUCUUCCUUUGAGAUCAAUACAAGACAAGAUUCAUUGACAUCAUCAUCAUCUGCUAUGGCAGGUGUGGAUAUCUCCGCCGGAGAUGAAAUCAACGGUUCAGAUGAGUUUGAUCCGAGAUCGAUGAAUCAGAGUGAGAAGAAAGUACUUAGUAGAACAGAGAGUAGAAGUCUGUUUGAGUUCAAGUGUGUUCCUUUAUAUGGAGUGACUUCGAUUUGUGGUAGACGACCAGAGAUGGAAGAUUCUGUCUCAACGAUUCCUAGAUUCCUUCAAGUUUCUUCUAGUUCGUUGCUUGAUGGUCGAGUCACUAAUGGAUUUAAUCCUCACUUGAGUGCUCAUUUCUUUGGUGUUUACGAUGGCCAUGGCGGUUCUCAGGUAGCGAAUUAUUGUCGUGAGAGGAUGCAUCUGGCUUUGACGGAGGAGAUAGUGAAGGAGAAACCGGAGUUUUGUGACGGUGACACGUGGCAAGAGAAGUGGAAGAAGGCUUUGUUCAACUCUUUUAUGAGAGUUGACUCGGAGAUUGAAACUGUGGCUCAUGCUCCGGAAACUGUUGGGUCUACCUCGGUGGUUGCGGUUGUCUUUCCGACUCACAUCUUUGUCGCGAAUUGCGGCGACUCUAGGGCGGUUUUGUGUCGCGGCAAAACGCCACUCGCGUUGUCGGUUGAUCACAAACCGGAUAGGGAUGAUGAAGCGGCGAGGAUAGAAGCUGCCGGUGGGAAAGUAAUCCGGUGGAACGGGGCUCGUGUAUUUGGUGUUCUCGCAAUGUCAAGAUCCAUUGGUAAUUAUUUAACUUUCUCUUGAUAAUGAUCCAUGAAUUUGGUUCUUUUAGUUGUUUCCUUACAUUACAACCCGUCGCGAACAGGCGAUAGAUACCUUAAACCGUCAGUAAUUCCGGAUCCAGAAGUGACUUCAGUGCGGCGAGUAAAAGAAGAUGAUUGUCUCAUCUUAGCAAGUGAUGGUCUUUGGGAUGUAAUGACAAACGAAGAAGUGUGCGAUUUGGCUCGGAAACGGAUUUUACUAUGGCAUAAGAAGAACGCGAUGGCCGGAGAGGCUUUGCUUCCGGCGGAGAAAAGAGGAGAAGGAAAAGAUCCUGCAGCAAUGUCCGCGGCAGAGUAUUUGUCGAAGAUGGCUUUGCAAAAAGGAAGCAAAGACAAUAUAAGUGUGGUAGUGGUUGAUUUGAAGGGAAUAAGGAAAUUCAAGAGCAAAUCCUUGAAUUGAAAAAGAAGGUUUGGAAGAAAAGUGAAAAAAAAAGUUUUGAUGGUGGGUAAAAAUUCUCUUUAGUGAAAAAAGAAAGAUAAAACAACAGGUAAUAAUUACAUUGUAAUAUUAAUUUCCUGCUUAAAUUUGUUAUUUACUUUCUUAGUCUUCCCACCAUUAUUUAAUCUUUUUAUAUUUAUUUUACUAACAUGAUAUAUAUAAUGUACAUGGGAAUAGUGUAACUUCCAAACAAAAAGCCCCCUUGUAUUUUUUUUUAUCUUGGGGUUAGUUGUAAUAACACUACAUUCGUCUACGUAAAUAUUUAGUGUUAUUAUUUGAUGUUUCAUAA